CGCGUUUCUCCUCCCACCUCGCCUCUUCCUCCGUUGUCUUGUGGGAGAAAACUCACGGCACACAGGCUAGACCACCCUGCCACUCAUUCUGCAUGUCCAGCAGAUCGCGGAUCCAUGCAUUGUCUGCGGUUGAGGUACGUACUUGCUUGGCUUGCUUGGGUCCCGUCCCACACCCCGAAAGGGGGAGGACCAGAGAGGGCAACACCCAAACCCUUGCCUCCUGCUUCUGUUCAAGAAUAGCACACAUCCCCGACCACACCUCAACCGCCUUGCCCACCUCGCGUGCGUACUCGAGUGUACUACUAAAACAACCUCACCCUCGUCUUUUCGUCCUGGUCGUCUGCCCUUUCCGCCCUAUUUGGUCCUGUCCUUGUCUGCCGGCUUGCAUUCUGGAUUCCCUCAUUGCGAUUUGGUCUUUGGUCUCCUUUCUCUCUCUCUUCUAUUUCUCUCACUCUUCGAUUUUAUUGACUGGUUGCUCGCUCCCCAACAGCGGCAGACCUGUAUCACCACCAACCAAACGAACUCCUUGAACAACUCCCGGCAGAAGCCAGAUUUAAUUCUCACGGCUAGCUCCCCUUCGGUUGUUUCCCACCUUCCACGAAUCAGUCUCAUCAGACGGCAUCCAGUAACGGCGUCGCUCUUUCCACCCAACCCACCACCAGCCGACACCAUCUCGUCAUCGACUGCCACCAAAGCGCACACCAACCGAUGCCCACGAGAUUUUCUUAAGCCCUUCUCUCCUUCGCCUUGGGACCUCGGUCUUGAGCCGGUAAUCGCACUCAUCGAUUGAAGGCGCCGCCAGACGUCAACCAGCCACCAAAAUGGCGGUAGGAAAAGAAGGAAAUGUCAAAUGGGUCGAUGGCCUCCGUGGCAUGGCCUCAACGCUGGUCGUGAUUAAGCACAUCACAUGUGCUUUCUUCCCAUACAUGCUGUGGCCCGCCCCGAGCGAGGAGGAGGACCCCGUUCUGUUCGAGCGACCCUACCUCCGCGUUCUGAUCCAGGGUCGUAUCGGUGUUGCAAUCUUCUCUUUUGUCACGGGCUACGUUUGUUGUCUGAAGCCUGUGAGGAACUUCAGGGCCGGUAAUCAGAACUCCUCCUUCAACUCCAUCAGCAGAUCUGCCCUCCGUCGUGUUCCUCGCCUGGUAUUACCCGUCCUCAUCAUCCUCACUGCGAGCUGCUUCGCCACUCAACUAGGCGCAUUCGAGACUGCAAAACACUGUGACGGAGCAGGCAUUCCCGAGACUAGUCCUACGAGACGCGAUAGCUGGAGCGAGGCCUUCGUUGCCCUCCUCACGGAUAUGGUCAGGGUUUGGUCCCACGGUCAGAGCGAGUACGGGGCUGAGCUGUGGACCAUGAUGCCAAUUCUCAAGGGUGCCUUCUGGGUUUUCAUCUAUCUUAUCGCCACCGCACAUGUUCAGACUAGGUACCGCAUGAUGAUCGCCCUGGGCCUCACUUGGUUCCGCGCCGCCUCCAACGACCCCUUCUUCGGCAUGCAGUUCUUCUUCGGCGCCUUCAUGGCCGACUUGCAGCAGCUGCCCGAGGGCUCCGGCCCCGCCUGGACCUCGUUCCUUUCACAGAAGUCUGGUCUGGCUGGCGUUCGCAUGCUCCUCUCCGCCUUCUUCCUCGUCACCGGCCUCUACAUCGCAUCUCUGCCCGACGCCCACUUCGAAUGGCAGCCCUGGUCGCAGUCCCUCGUCGACUUUAUGCUGUCCAUCCUCCCACGCAACCCGGAUCUCCCGCGAUUCUCCUCCGGCCUCGGUCUCGAUCUUAUCAUCAUGUCCAUCCACUUCUCCCCGACCGUCCGAACUCUCCUCGCGACCAAGCCGUUCCUAUUUUUCGGCAAGAUCUCGUUCGCCGUCUAUCUCCUGCACAACCAGUUCCUCCGAUCUGUGCUCUGCUGGAUGGUCUACGGCUUCUCUAUUCCCGAGCCCGUGCAGGAUCCUGCCACGGGUGAGUGGAUGCCUGGCCCGCUGCUGGAGUUCCCCGGUGCUGCCAGGCUGUUUGCAGUCUUGCCUAUUUACUUCGCCCUCAUCUAUGGUGCGGGCUACCUCUGGAUCGAGUAUGUGGACUCGUGGUGCGCACGCGUUACGGAGCGCAUCUGCGGUUCGAUCAAGGAGGAGACAGACGAGAAGUCUGGGCCAUCAUUGCUGCCGGUUGCCAACGAGCACCAGCGUCAAUGAGGGGCGAAUCAGCAAGGGGAAAGAAUACAAACAAAGAAAUCAUGCUGUUUCAGGGCAGACGGCAGAUAGUCUGUGGGCCUGAAUAAUUCAUGACUCGAGCCCGGUGUCUUGCCGUGUUGGGCGCGCAGAAUGGCGCGUUCUGGCCAUGCCGGGUCAAGUGUCAGCCUAAAGGGCUCGACCCAGGAGACGCAGGCAUCCUCAAAGGAGCCGCUCCGGCCGUACAGGCCAAGUCAUUUUGGAGUUUGGGGGUUGAAAGGGGAUAACCGGGCCAGAAUUGGCAAGAUACGGGUUGCUGCUGUUCACGUUGGCCACAAUGCCAGCCAGCUAGCUAAGCUGAGCCUCCAAGCUCAAGCUGUACUUCAUAUCACAAUACAUUACAUCAAGCAAACAAA